AUGCCACAAAACUUCGUCCAAGAAGUGGAAGUUUUUGAAGUUUGGGGAAUAGACUUCAUGGAUCAUUUUCCUUCUUCUUAUGGGAACAAGUACAUUCUUGUUGCUGUUGACUAUGUGUCUAAAUGGGUAGAAGCCAUAGCCAGCCCUAGAAACGACUCCAAGGUUGUAAAGUUAUUCAACUCGAUCAUUGAUGUCUUUUGGAGCAUUUUGGAGCAUAUGGGACGUGAGGAACAUGGAGGGACUUGGCACAUGGACGCAGCUCAACUGAAUACGCAAAGGAAGAAGGAGGAAGUCAUCUUAAAGACCAGCUCGACCACCUACUCGACCAUCCGGGCGAGUUCCUCAGCCAAGCUUCAAUUCGAUCGAGCUGCAAACUCGAUCGAGUUGAAGCUUGGCCGGUCGAGUGGACGGUCGAGCUGGUCUUCAAGAUGGCUUCUCCCUUCUUCCUUUGCGUAUCCAGUUGAGCUGCUUCCAUGUGCCAAGUCCCUCCAUGCUCCUUAUGUCCCAUAUGCUCCAGAAUGCUCCAAAAGACCUAUUUCAAAGGACCAAACAUGCAUAUGUAUGCAAAUGCAACCUAAAACUAACAUGAAUGCAUAA